AUGCUUUGUUGCAUUUCAAACGCUCCAGAAACUAGACGAAUAAAAAUCGAUCGAUAUUCUAUAGGUAAUCCAAUAAACUUUCGACACGUUGCACACAUGGGAAGCUCGGAAGUUUCUGAGGACAGUGUAUGCAAUGCUUUUGGUCACCUCGGCCAUCAAUCUUUACCAGUGCACUUAAAAUUGAUCGAUUUACCUAACCUGUCAAGUAACAACAAUACUCCAUUAUUAUCUGAUCAUGAAGCCCCUCCAAGCUUAUGUAUCAGUUCUACAGUUUCACCUACUUUUACUACUCAAUCACCAGUCUUAGCAACUACAUCAAACUCAACUAAAAGAAUCUCUCUUUUGGAUCCUAAUUCUGUGUUACCUGAAUCUGUUAAAACAUCCCAUGUUGUUAUGCGCCACUCAACCCACCUGGGCAACCUGAAGCCAGAAUCACCAUGUCUAGAUCUCAGUUUACCUUUGCCCCCACCACCUCCACCUCCUAUUAAUCCUAUCAGUCUUCGUUCUAUAUUACAUGUAUCCUCUUAUUUGAAGCAUAAUUUCCACUGUCGUUUGUUGAAGCUAUUUGUUUCUCGUUAUUUGAUUAAGAACACCAGAUUACAAAUGAUUUAA